AUGGGGAAAGCAUUAUCUCGUCUGAUUCUGGUUCUGGUGGCUGUCCCUGCAGGCUGCAAGGCGGAUCAUGAUUUUGUGUCAGACGGCGAGUACAUCAUGGUAAAACGUAGCACAUUUGCUGUCCUGAUAGUUUUCGCAUUACUGGUGGUUGGCUUCGCCAUUGCGAUCACCAAAUACCUAAGGAACAAGACCAAAGCCAAUGAGGCUACUGCAGAGUCACUGAAAUCAUCAUCUCAAGGCAACAGGGUGCAUGUGGAGGUGACCAGUAGGUGGUCGGGCUUGUACAGGUUCACCAAGGAGGAGAUUGAGAGAGCGAUCAAUUAUGCGAACAGCAGGAUCUACCUUGGCUCUGGUAGCGCAGGCCAGGUGUACCAGGGCGUGUUACCAAGCGGUCAGCUUGUCGCGAUCAAGCACAUCCACAAGACCGCGAUGUCGGGAUCCUUCGUGAGGGAGGUGGAGCAGCUGUCCAAGGUGAGGCAUCCCAACCUGGUGUGCCUCUUUGGGUACUGUGAUCAGGAGGGAGAUCAGUACCUGGUGUAUGAGUACUGUGCCAAUGGGAACUUGGCCCAGAACCUACUGAGAAGUGACUCUGUUCUACCAUGGGAAGCAAGGGUGAAGAUCCUUAGGGAUUGUGCAUCCGUCCUGAGGUUCCUUCACACACACCCUGAUGGUUGUAUUGUCCAUAGAGACAUCAAGCUCACAAACAUCUUGCUGACAGAGAAUAAGGUGCCAAAGCUAUCCGAUUUUGGGUUGGCCAAAAUGCUGGAAAUGGAGGAGACCAAGGUGUUCACAGAUGUAAGGGGAACCAUUGGGUAUAUGGAUCCCGAGUACAUCACACACUCCAAGCUCACUUGUUCCAGUGACAUAUACAGCUUUGGUGUGGUUGCGCUGCAGCUUCUGUCAGGGAGGAAGGUCAUAGAACUCGACAUUGUUGCACGUGAUUCUCUUACAAAGAAGGCCAAGGAUGUCGUCAAUGGGAAAAAACCACUGGAAGAAUUCAUAGACCCACGUGUUAGGAAUGAAGUUAUCAUAGAAGAUUUCGUGUUGAUAUUGGAAAUUGCAGUCCUUUGUGUGGCCAGUUCAAGCACAGGGCGUCCCACAAUAAAGGAUGUGUUCGAGGAGAUGGACAAAGCUCAGAGAAAUACAACCAUAAAGACUAAGGCAAGGAAGGAGAUGACUGCGGCAAAUCUGGACGUUCCAUAUGCUAAAGUGCUGGAUGUAUAG